CCUUGCCUGCCAUGCAAUAGAGACGGAGCCUUUCGGCUGGUGCUGUGGCCGCCGCCCCCUUCGCAACAGCCGGACAGGCGCUGGGGAGGAGGAGGGGGGCGGAACGGCAGAGCCAUGGAGCCCCAGCAGCGGGCCCACCUCGGGGCCCCCGCCGAGGCCUCGGCCCCCUUCCCUGCCCGGUAUCAGCCCCAGCCCCAGCCCCGAGAACAAGAGCAGAAGCGGCAGCAGGAGAAGCUCUCCGGGGUGGUGAAGAGCGUUCACCGGCGCCUGCGCAAGAAAUACCGCGAAGUGGGAGACUUUGACAAAAUCUGGCGUGAACAUUGUGAGGAUGAGGAAACUCUUUGUGAGUAUGCUGAGGCAAUGAAAAACCUGGCAGACAAUCACUGGACUAAAACCUGUGAAGGAGAGGGCCGUAUUGAAUGGUGUUGCAGUGUGUGUCGGGAGUAUUUUCAAAAUGGUGGGAAAAGGAAGGCACUCGAAAAAGAUGAGAAACGAGCAGUUCUUGCUACACAAAGUACUCAAACCAUGAGUGUUCACCUGACUCCAAAAACAGAGAAUUCUUCUGAAAACUCCAUAAAUCCCACUUCUUUAAUGGAUGAAUUGCUGCAUCCUUCAGGGAAGAUCAGAUUACUUGAUGUUGGCAGCUGUUUUAAUCCAUUUCUGAAGUUUGAAGAAUUUUUGACUGUUGGUAUUGACAUUGUGCCAGCAGUUGAGAGCGUUUACAAAUGUGACUUCUUAAACCUCCAGAUUCAGCAGCCUCUUCAGCUUGCACAAGAUGCCAUAGAUGCUUUUCUGAAGCAACUGAAAAAUCCUAUUGAUUCUCUGCCUGGAGAAUUAUUUCAUGUUAUUGUCUUCUCCCUCCUCCUCUCUUACUUCCCCUCACCUUAUCAGCGAUGGAUAUGUUGCAAAAAGGCCCACGAACUUCUUGGAUUGAAUGGAUUAUUGCUUAUCAUUACUCCCGACUCUUCCCAUCAAAAUCGCCAUGCUAUGAUGAUGAAAAGCUGGAAAAUCGCAAUAGAAUCCCUGGGCUUUAAACGUUUCAAAUAUUCCAAGUUUUCUCAUAUGCAUCUCAUGGCAUUUAGAAAGAUCUCACUUAAAACUACUAGUGACUUGGUGAGCAGGAACUACCCUGGGAUGUUAUAUAUCCCCCAGGAUUUCAACAGUGUAGAUGAAGAGGAAUUUUCUAACUUUUCUUGCUAUGUCCGGUCAGAUGCUGAAGAUGAACAACUAGCAUACAGCUUCAUGGAACUUCCAGAUGCUCCUUAUGAUUCAGAUUCUGGGGAGAGCCAGGCCAGCUCAAUCCCUUUCUAUGAGCUAGAAGAUCCCAUUUUACUUCUAAGUUAAUGUAACAAUUAAAAAUCUGGUUCAGAGUCUCUUUACUAUAAAACUAAAUCUGCCAUAAUGAUAUCUGUUCCUACACAAAAAAGGAAAUACAAAAGGUUUUGAGAACUCACUAUUUUUUUCUACUUAGAAAUUUUAAAAUUUAUUCUUGUAUUGAGAAUUUGAAGUGCGCGUGUUAUGUAGAAUGGCUUGUCUCAUAGCAUAAACAGGGUUUACUCAAAUAUUUGUAUUACUGAUUGGUACAGGGUCCCCCCCCCCUUCCAGUGCUGUGAUCUUGCAGAAUAUGCUAUCUUGAUAUUUUAAUCUGUUGAUAAGGUUGAGGUUCACACUAGCCUUUUCAGAAGGCUAUGUAGAAAGAUCUGAUAGGCACUGUUAAUGAAUGUCAAAAGAAAAUGUUUGGAAAGCUUGGCUGGCUUUUUUUAACUUGAAUGAAAGACACACAAAGGUGUUGUUAACUGUGAUCUGGUGAAACCAAAAUAUCUGCAAAGCAGCUCUACUUAAAUUAUCCUUAUUUAGAUUGGAGGCUUGAUUCUUUUUCCAUUGUGGUUCUUUGAAUGAUACAGAAAAAUACGCAUAAUAGCUAGGCUUAAAUAGUUUUUGUUAACUUCAGAGCUAGAAUAUGUUUACCAGCUUGGGUGCAGUAAUAUAACUGUCACCCUAUUUUUUCCUGCUAUCUUGUAUCAUUACAAAGUGUUUAUGAAGGAAGUCUCAAAGUAUGUGAAAUCUGCACAUUACUUGAGUCCUAAUCCUGCAAACACUUAGCUAUUAAUGAAAACAAAUCAAAAGUUACUUAAAUGUGUGAAAGAUUAGCCAUCCAAUCUGGAUUAUAUACUUCCCAUACAACACACUCUGAAGUUUGGAUGCGAGGAAAUUAAUUUGGUACUAAUUCUGUUAAAAAAUUAAAUUUAGUCUUUAAGUUGUUUUAAUAAUGCACCUGCAUUUUAAUUACACCGGAUACUUGAAUCCAUAUAAUUAAGGCUCUCCUCCAUACUUGAGUAACUAAUUCACUUCUGUUCACAUGUCUGACUAUGCAUUCAGGCCAAUAGCUGAAAGAGAAAUUAGUCUCACAGUAUCCAGAAUAGCAGGAUUAUGGUAGCCAGAUGUUGAUGCCGCAUUCAACUGCCAUUGCAGAAGUGCCACUGUAGACCUUGUAACGUUUUUUAAAAAAAAAUUAACACUUCCACCAAAACUUUGCACUGAAGUUUCAUAGCUGAUUUCUUAAUUUCCUUUUUGCAUACCGUGUUCUUAGUUUUAUACAUAUUUUCAUAUAUUGUAGUGUGACUUUUAUAUUUAAGCAUGGUUUUUGUACCUCUUGCAUGUAAUGGGUUUUUUACACAGCCCUUGAAUGACUAAAUUUGGUUACUGGCUUAGCUAUUAAUACAAUUGCAUUUGGAAACAAAUCAUAACAAUAACACUUUUAUCAUUCUGACAAGGGUAGUCCAAUCCAGCCAUGUCUUCAACACAAUAAGCAGAACAGCAUCAUGUGUGUGGCAGGUCAGGCGAAGCCGUCCCACAGGGCAGUCCUGAGCAGAGGAAAUCUUCAGAGGAUUGUACUGCUGGUCUGCUUGCUUUUCCCUUUUGUCCAUCCUUGCUACCCCUUUCUGUAUCCACAGCUGUUCCUAGGCACUAGAUUUAAGGACUAUGGGAUAACCAACAUAUUAUUAGGCAAUAAGAUGGCUGUUGGAAAUUAUCAUGGUAGGCAGUUAUGAAAACCUUUUUAUGGAACGGUGCUGUUUGCAGCAGUUAUGCAGACAGAGCUGCUGCUACAUAAGUACUGGUGUAGGUUCCCGGUGCAAUGGAGUAAGAUUUCUCCCUUGCUCCAGUAAUGGGUGCUAUAGUUUGUUACAGCAUAGUACAGGGUAUCGAGCUUUUAGACUUGCAUUCUGAAACUCUUUAAAAUGUAUUUUAUUUGGCUGUCCCUUGCCUAAAUUAAAUGUUGCAAUAAGAGCUAAAUAGAAUAGAUGGGGUCAGCAGCUGAUAGCCCUCUGAAAAGCACUCUUUGCCAUUGCCCUGUUUCCAGCUCCAUAGGCAAAAGAGGAUGGUGGAUGAGCUUUUGCGCCCUUGGCAAGGGGGCAAUAGUGGGCAAUGUUGCCGGGUCAGGUUUGGUUCCUUGACCCAUCAUGUCCAGUAUGUUUCUAACUGAACCCACAACAACAAAACAACUAGUUGCUGACCAGGUGAAUAGAGAGAGUCUACAUUUAAUGUAAGACUUUACUAACUAAAAGGCUUCAUAUUUUUGAUUUUUUAAAAAACUCCUGGAGUAAUUAAAGCUAACGUGUUGUGCUACCUCUCAUUUUAAAAAUUACUGUUUACUUAUUCUCCAAAACGUGCAUGAUGUGCUUUUAUUAAUAUUAGCAAAAAGUUUGCAAGACUCCCUAGCAUGGAUGCAUUUGUUAUGUGUGUGCUAAUGUCAUUUGUUUUCCUGUUCAUUUAAAUUAGCAUAUUCUGGAAUCCAGUCAUGGUUAUAUGUAGAUGAAAUAGUUUAAAAUUUAAAUGGUAGACGUCUGCCAGUUAUAUCACCAGUGGCUUGGUAAAAGUGGAAAGUGUUGUGGGUCCUUCACUAGUGGAGCAACUUUUUUUUCCAUUUCCAGAUGUAGAUAUUUUGAGUGAUUUUUUUUCAGGAAUACAAUUUGUGGGUAUGGUUACUUAACAAGGAACUUCCUGUAGCAAUUGAUUGGGUCAUUACUAUGUUCUUGCUUGAAAUCAGUUUCCAAGAUGGCUAAUUACUACUGGAAGACUUCUCAAGCUCUAAGUUGUUCUAAGGAAGAUACACAGAUCCAUACAAGGAAGAAAGCAUUGUACCAACUUUUGCUUUUGUUUUUUCUUUUGUUUUACUAAGGGGUUUUUUUUUUGUGAAAGAGCACAUUAAAAAAGUACAAACAAUUUUGAGUGUGUUACUGAUGUAGAGUGUAUUUUAUCAUGUGGCACUACAUAAUCUUGCAGGAUAUACUAGGUACAGAGUUUUACCAUUCCAAAAGUUUAUCUCCUGUGUGAUGGAUAUGGUGGUGGUUCACUCCAGAUUUACAUGCAGUUUUAAGACAGAUGUUUCAGAAGUGCUUUAAACUCCAUUAUGCUUAUAGUUGUAUACUUUAUUAGACCAACACUGUACCAUGUUUAGCUCCUUUGUUUCUUGAAGGGUUUGUUUCAAGCUUUAUAAAAUAUUAAUUUUUCUAUAUUGUGCAUUAAUAUAGGAAAACUUGUUAUACAGCAAAUAAACCCCUAUUCAAAGUAACGAUAAAAAUAAAAUGCAUCUUUACACCAUUCUUUUCUAGGCUAAUGUAUAGGUUUAAUGAUAUACAGAAAUAUUUUGUUCUGAGCUGUGAUAGUUGUGUACAUAGAAUAAUAAAGAGUAGGUAUCCUUGA